AUGACUCGCUAUAUCACACAUGGGGGUCAAGUAUCUGUACCCAGCGAGAACCUGGCUUUUUACUAUGGUGGUAUGCGAGGGCCAGACUGGGGUCCCAUUACGUCAGAUGAUGCAUCGUCGAAUACAACGGCGGAUACAUUGAUCAUGGUAAAUUUGACAGCCACUGGAGAUGAGAAGCUGUGGCGGAACUCAACUAUACCAAGUUUUAUUGCUAGCCGCGCGAAUCCGCAACUGAUCUGGAUACCUGUUUCCCAAAAGGGCGUUUUAGCAGUCAUUGGUGGCGUGAAGAACCCGGAAGACAUAUACCCUGCUGGGCUUUUAUCCUCGCAACAGAAGCAAGAUUCCCUACUAGAUCCAGACUUCAUGACUACAAUUCCAUUGUACGAUAUUGCACAAGAUAGAUGGUAUCUCCAAAAUGCCUCGGGCGAUGUUCCACCGAGCGGCCGUGCCUCCUUCUGUUCCACUCUCGCUUCUGCGGCGGACGGCAGCUCGCACAAUAUCUACAUUUACGGGGGCUACAAUGGACAAAAUUCCAGCGCUACUCCUUUUGACGACGUCUACAUUCUCUCUUUGCCAUCGUUUACAUGGGUCAAGGCCUACACCGGGAACUCUCGCCAUGGACGCAGUGGUCAUCAAUGCUUCCGUGUGCUACCAAGCCACAUGUUAGUGGUGGGAGGGCUACACAAGGAUCCGUCUAUCUGUCUGGAUGGUGGAAUUCUGCAAACCUUCAGUCUCAACGCCCUGGAAUUCCAAAAGACAUAUUCUCCGGAUGCUGUGGAGGAAUACCUAGUGCCAAGUACAGUGACGAAGCAGAUUGGAGGAAUGUAG